AGUAAACACCGUCACAUUGACAUUUGCCUUUGCCAACUUUUAGGUUAUAAUUCUAGCAGACAGUACGUUUUCGUAGAUUUUGUAAAUUCGAUAAAAAGUUACAAUUAACAUAGUUAUUGCCGUUUAAAUCAAGUGAAUGCAACUUAAACGAUUAUGAAAUGGAAGCUGCUACUUUACCAAAGAAGAAAACUACUAUAAGUAAAGGCAAAUUGAAGAAAACUAUUAAGAAUGUUUUAUGUCGACCUGACCCACUGUUUUGGCCGGAAGUGACAGAAGAUGAAGGUAAGAAAUUAGAAAAUGUGUUAAAAAAACAUAAAAUCAUUAUAGAAGUAUUCAAGAAGCCACACUGGAAAGAUCUGAAAGAUUUACCUAAAGAACAGCGUCCUAAACCACCCAAGUUAAAAAAGCCUGAGGGUCUUCUACUUGGAGUAAGAGAAUGUACAGAAUCUGUACAAAAUGGAGAAUGUUCGGCCAUUAUCAUUGAAGCUAAAGUCAACCCAAGACUGAUUGUACAGCCUGUUGUUGAGUUAUGUACUACAAAGGGUGUACCAUACAUAUGUCUAAAUAACUUGAGGAAAGUCUCCAUGGUCAAUUUUGGAGUUCCAACUAGCUGUUUAGGAAUAAAACGAGACUGUCUUUUGGAUGUAAGAAAAGAAAUAGCGGACUUAGCUAAAAGUCACCCAGCUACUAGACUACCUAAGCAAAUCGAAGAAAAUGAUACUAUAGAAGAAAACAUGGAAAUUAAAGCAAUUACUUAUAAUCGUGAAGCAAUUACUGAUAAUUAUGGAGCAAAUAAAGUUACAGAAGUAACGCCAUUCAAGUUAUUAUAUAGAACUAGUAAGAGUACUAGAGUAUUUGUACCGACUACCAUGGAGAAUGUGUCAAAAACGAACAGAAAGUUCAAAGGACAAAACUUCAUAGAAUUCUCAGAGAAACAAACGGACAGUAAGACUUACAGGAAGAUGUUACUGAAAAGGAUGUCAAACAAUCCAAACAGGGCUAAAAAGAAAUAAACCAGUUUCUAAUGAGA